AAUAUCAGUAUAUAAACCGCAUCUUCACAAUAUCUUCAUCACAGUUUACCUUUAGAACUCAUCCCAGGUUCACGGAAUAACCCAAACAUUUCCAAAAUGAAAAUGAUCAUUGUUCUCGCUGCCCUCGUGGCCCUCGUUGCUUCAGCCCCCCAACACCCCAAGGAUGCCGUAGUAACCCGCUACGAAUUCGACAACAUUGGAACUGACGGAUAUAAAUUCGCUGUUGACACCAGCGAUGGAACCAGCCGUCAGGAACAAGCUGAACUUAAGAAUGUUGGAACCGAAAAUGAAGCCCUCAGUGUCCGUGGAUCAUACACCUUCGUAGGAGAUGAUGGUCAACAAUACACCGUCAACUUCGUCGCCGACGAGAACGGUUACCGUGCCGAAGGUGCCCAUUUACCCCAAGCCUAA